AUGAAUCGCUCACGAUCAGGCUCCGCAACCUCCAAUACCGGCAAAGACCUCCCGGCCGAUAACAUGGCUAUCCAGGUGCAAAUCACCGGCGAAAAGACCAUCAAAUUGAAUGUCCGGCCUGUUCACACCGUCUCCAACGUACUCGAAUUCCUCUCUGCCUCGACGAACCUACCUGCCGACGUUCAACUCAUGCUUGACGGGAAGCCUCUAGAACCAUCUACCACCGUCGGAGAGCUCAAGCUCCAAGAAUCACCGACACUCAAAUUGUCUUCGCCGCCACGAAGUCCUACGCCCACGGAUGCAUCACAACCUCUACCACAACCGGCCUCAACAGACAUGAAAGUCGCGCCACAGUCAACAUCCACAUCAACAUCGUCCACACCAAUACCCUCGGGGGCGGCAACACCGACAAAGAGAAAGUCGAACAAACCGCGGUGUUCCAAGGACGGAUGCAAAGCGCCAGCUCAACCGAUUGUGGGAGACUGCGGUUUCUGCCAGAAGCGCUUCUGCGGGAAACACCGUAUGUUGGAAUCUCAUAACUGCGAAGGCCUGGAAGACGCGAGAAAAGCAGACAAGGAUCGCAAUGCGGCCAAGUUGGAGGGAGAACGGACCGUCAUGCUUCGCGGCCUCUAG